UUCCGCGCGCGUCGCCGUCGCCCCGUCGCCAUCGCGCGAUGCGACGCGGCGCGAUGCGACGCGGCGCGAUCGUCGCGCUCGCGCUCGCGCUCGCGUGCGCGCUGCGCGCGACGCCCGCGCGCGCGAGAGCGCUGGACGUCGACGACGCGCGAUGGCGACUGGGCACCGCGCGCGCGACGACGACGAGCGAUUGCGACGCGUGCGAGACGUUCAUGCGCGCGGUGGAGGCGAAGAUCGAACAGGGACAGUUUCAGGGAGAGAUGGCGGCGGCGAUCGCGGAGGCGUGCGCGAAAGCGACGCGGGGGGAGGCGAGUCAAAUGUCGGUGUGCGUCGCGGCGGGCGAAGCCGGGCUGCGAUUCGCGACGCGGUACCUGGAAAAUCACCCCGAGCUCGGUGACGCGGCGUGCAAGGCGCUGGAAAUGUGCGAUGGUGACGAAGACGCCGUCGCGGACGCGAGCGGGGCGAUGGUGACGAGCGAUGACGACGAGGCGAGGAUUCGCGCGGCGGCGCGGGGCGACGCGUCGGCGAGCGACGAGACGUGCGCGGAUUGCGUCAUGGCGAGCCGUUUGCUGGCGAACGAAUUGCGCGCGAAUUCGACGAUAUCGUUCGUCGUCGGCGAGGUCGACGCGCUGUGCGCGGCGCUCGGGGCGGAGUUGGCGCACCAGUGCGACGCCGUCGUCGAGCCGUACGUCCCGGUGCUGUUGGACGAGCUCGCGUCGAGUUUAAAAAACGUGUGCGCGCGCCUCGGGGUGUGCCCGAAGUGA